AUGAAUAUUGUUUGCAAUUCACCAAAAUUUGAAGUUUCGAGCGAAUCAUCAUCUUACUUUAAUCUUCACAUGCCAGGUUAUUUCGACGUUAAACCAUUAUCUUCUCCAGCCCAAACACCAUAUUUUGAUGCCUUAACAAGUCCAUUCAUAAAUAAUAAUUUCAAUAGCCUCAAUAAUGAUGACAUUAAUAAUCAUCAACAACGUCACAAUCAACAGAUUGCAUUCUCUUCAUGCCUUUCAAAUAAGAGACCUAACUCGAUGCCUUCUGGUUCAUCUUUUGCCUCUAAUAGUCCAUUUCAAGAAUUUUCGUCUGAAACUGUGGAAAGCUUAUUACAACAACUUGACCAGCAACAAAGAAAGACAAUUUUAUUGCUUGAUAUAAGACCUUAUUCUUCAUUCAGCAACUACAGAAUUAAAUCUUCUAUACAUCUUUGUGCACCAACCACUCUAAUAAAAAGACCUGCAUUCACCAUUGACAGUUUGUUGGCAACUUUGGUCAACGAUUCCGACAGGCAAAUCUUUAGGGAAUGGUGUCCAAAAGUGAAAAUUGGUUUUCUAAAAGGUGGUUUCCCCAGCUUUUCUUCAAAAUUUCCUGGUUUAUGCGAAAAAGUAGACAGUAACAACAACAAUAAUAGCGGCACAUUCCCACGUAGAAGACUUUCACUAGGUCGUAAACCUGGACCAUUCACUUGCCCAACACCAGUAACUGAAUCUUCAAACGUUAAUCAUUUCUUUAAUAAUAUUAGACAAAAUAUUGAAGGUGUUGCAAUCACUGAAACAAUUCCUAUUCGCAUUCCAACUCAAAGCAAUAUAUCGCUCGAUCAAUCAAAACUACCACCAUUUAUUCGUGAUGUUGCCUUUAAAGAUAAUGGUAGAAUGAAAUUAGCGGAAUUAUUUCUCGAAAUUGAAACAACAGAACAGAAUCGUUUGAAAUCUUUGAUGAUAAAAAAUUCAAAUAUUGCUACUUUAGAUGAUCCAUAUAGUAUAUCGGCUGGUAUUGAGAAAGGCACAAAAAAUCGUUAUAAUAACAUUUGGCCAUAUGACCAUGCACGAGUAAAGAUUAACGAGUGUAAAGAGGGUGAUUGUGACUAUGUGAAUGCCAGUUUUCUUCAAGCAAAAGGCUGUAACAAACGUUACAUUGCUACUCAAGGUCCAUUACCUACUACAUAUGAAGAUUUCUGGAAGAUUGUUUGGGAACAAAAUUCUAGAUUGAUUGUGAUGUUGACCAAGGAAGAGGAGGCCGGUAGAAUUCAGUGCCAUCGGUAUUGGUCGGAAUCUGCUUCAAAUCCUUGUGGUUAUGGUCCUUUAAACUUAACCUUGAUUUCUGAAUCUCCAAUGCAAACAACAACAACAAAUAAUUGCAAUGUUAACGAAAAUAGUAAUUUAAAAUUUCCACCAAUAAUAGAUAAUACAAUAAUAAUUAGAAAAUUCAAAUUGUCUCAUAAAAAUCAUCCCAACAUUCCACCAAGAGAAAUUACCCAACUACAUUUUCUUGGUUGGCCUGAUUUCGGCACACCAGAAACACCCAUCAACAUAUUAAAACUUAUUGAUGUGGCCAAUGAUUUACAAUCUGGAGCUGAGGUUGAAGCUCAACGUCAACAUGAACAAAUUGGUCCAAUGAUCGUUCAUUGUUCGGCUGGUUGUGGGCGUACCGGAACAUUUUGUACAAUCGAUACCGUAAUCUCUAUAUUAUCAUCAUCUUCUUCAAUUGAUUACAAUGAUGUAAAAGAUAUUAUUCAAAGCACCAUAUUAAAUUUUAGAGAGCAACGAUUAAGCAUUGUACAAAAUUUGAGACAAUUUGUAUUUUGUUAUGAAGCCAUUCUUUGGAAACUUGUUGGUGCGAUAUAA